GCUAUCUCCGGUGCUUGACGCAGCGGGGGAGUCCAAUGGAAACCUUCGGUGUAACCCGGAGGAGACAAUCGAGUGCGAUUUAACUAAAAAACAGAAGCCGGGUGAAUUCCAUGGGGCUAUAAACGGUAUCUGUUCCCCCCAGUCUGGGUCAGCGCCUCGAGCUGUUGUGUUUCUAAUCUGCUAAUUAGCCGUUAACGUUGCCCCGCUCGGCCUUGUUUAUAUUGUGCAGAGCAGCCUGAAUCGGGGAAGCAGGCCCGGUCCUCAGCGAGUUGAACAGCCGCUUCGGGUCCGGAGUGAGUUCGGUGUGGAUCGGCCCUUCAGCUCACCAAAGAAUAUGACCCAGAUGCAACAAUGACAUCAAGAUUUGGUAAAACAUACAGCCGCAAGGGCGGAGAGGGCACGUCCAAGUUUGAUGAGGUCCUGUCCACCAAGAGAGGCACCCUCAGUACCAAAUGGGGUGACACCACCUACAAGGCCAAGGUGGGCUCCAAGCGCAGCGCCGGCGCGCCCAAGAGUGAUUCCGCCCUGGAGGUCUCCAAGAGGCCCCGUCCCUGUGCAGAUGGCUUUGAGGAUCCGUUUGGAUUCGACAGCGACGAAGAGUCCAAGCCGGUUUCGUCCCGCAGCGGAAACAAGUCGUCUCCGGCCAAGCCGAGCUCCGCCCAGCCUCCACGAGCGCAGAGGCCGGAGGUUUCUCCGGACACGGGAAGCAGGCCCAGCCUCCACCGUGGAUCCCAUGCUUGGACCUCCGCUCAGGGGACGUCACGGCGGGCCAACGACCGGAACGAGCCACCGGGGGUGGAAGACACGGCUCGCUUCUUCAGCAGCAGCAGCAUAGGAAAGAACCAGCAGCCCACCUCGUUGUCGGAGAACCAGCACAGCUACUCGUGGUACCAAAACGCUUCUGAGAGCGAUAAGAAGCCCCUGGCGCAGACCACCACCCUGAAGACCGGGUCCAAGGCCGAGUCCACCUACGACUCCUGGGACGCCAUCAUGGGCCUCUGCCCGCCCUCCCCCAGCCAGGAACCUCGCAACCCGGCCCCGACGCUGUCCUGGGCCACCGCGGGCCUCGCCCCGAGGCCCGCCCGCUGUGAGAAGCCCCCCUCUCCCCCGCGGCCCCAGAGCGCCGGCGAGAGCGAGGACCUGGGGGGCGACCCAGACCUCCUCCUGGAGACCUCCGACUACUCGCAGACCUCGGCUGACUCGCCGCUCGUCAGAAACACGAACUGUCGGACGUACAGGAGGCCCAACAAACAGGGCAAAGCCUCGGACUCCAGCGGCGCCGGGGGCUCCGCUCCGAGCGCGCCCCCCCCCAAGCCCGACGGCAGUAAUAAGACAGGUGGGGGCCGGGGCAGGACGAGGGACUUCACGGUGCUGCAUCCCUCUUCUGUGUCCAUGUGCAACGUCACCAUCCAGGACCGAGUGGAGGAGUUCAGCGCCGAGGCAGCGCCCUCUGCUGGCAGCACCAGCACCGGGCCCGGCAGCACAGCGGACCUGGGGGAGGCGGGGUGGCAGCGGACCAAGGCGGAGCAACGGAACACCAGGUCAAACCCGGCCCAAACCAGGAAGAGGGACAGCAAGCCCGACCGCUUUGGUUUCGAUGACGCAGACGUCCAUCAGGAGGACGGCGUCUCUGAGGGACGCUCCAGCUACAAGAUCCAGUACUUCGGCUUCGACGACAUGAGCGACAGCGACGGCUCCGACGACGACGACGGCGCCAAAGAGAGGAGGCGGGCCGCCAAGAAGGCCGCCGCCGCCAGAGAGAGGAGCCCGGUGGGCACCAUAGAAGAAGAAGAAGAACUGACUGAAGAAAUGCCGGAUCCCUUUGAAAACCUGGAGAGGCUGGAAAGGUUGGAGAGGCUGGAGAGGUUGGAGAUGCUGGAUCGACCGGCAGCCAAGGAGAACAAGAAGAACUCUGAGAGGCCGGCCAGCAGGAUACCAGCAGAGGUGCUCGACUUUUCGGAGGACGGCCUCCGGGUGGUGGCAGGGGCUCCUGGGAGGUCGUCUCAGGGCAAAGCGGCGGAGAAGAACCCGGACAGCUUCCGGAGGAUCUUCAGCGCUCAUAAGAAGUCUCCCACCAAAGCCGUGUACAACGCCCGCCACUGGACGCUGGAGAGCGAGGAGGCGCCGCCCGCAACCUUCCUGGGCCGAUCUCCGGCGGCUCCUGCCCCGGUCUCGGCAGGAGGAUCCAGUAAGGAGCCCUCCGACGCUCAGAAGGACGACGGCCUCUUUAAGGCUCCGCCCCCUCCUCCCAAGGUCACCAAGUUUGUGACCCUGCCCACGGACCUGUACCAGGACGCCGUCACGGCCCUCAAGUGCCGCAAAGAGCACAAAGAGCUCUACACCGUCGUCCAGCACGUGAAGCACUUCAACGACGUGGUGGAGUUUGGGGAGAACCAGGAGUUCACGGAUGACUUUGAGUACCUGGCCACCGGUCUGAAGAGUGGACAGCCUCUCAACACGCGCUGCCUUAGUGUGAUCAGCCUGGCGGCGCGCUGUGCGAUGCCGAGCUUCAGGAUGCACCUCAGGGCGAGAGGGAAGGUGGCUCAGGUCUUCAAAACCCUCAACGACGCCCCGCAGCACUCGAAUCUGGCCCUGUGCACGGCCUCGCUGAUGUACAUCCUCAGCAGGGACCGCUUGAACAUGGACCUGGACCGCUCGUGUCUGGACCUGAUGAUCCGGCUGCUGGAGAUGGACCACGACCAGGAGGGCGGGGCCGCGACGGGGUCGGACCCCACCGCCCAGUUCAGCGCCAGAGAGAUCGCCAAGAUGAAGGAGAAGAUCAGGAAGCUGUGCGACACGGUGCACAACAAGCACCUGGACCUCCAGAACAUCACGACGGGUCAUCUAGCCAUGGAGACGUUACUGUCCCUGACCUCCAAGAGAGCGGGGGACUGGUUCAAAGAGGAGCUCCGGCUGCUGGGGGGUCUGGACCACAUCGUGGAUAAAGUGAAGGAGUGCGUCAACAACUUGAACCAGGAGGACGAGAAGGAGAAGCUGGUGUCCUCCCUUUGGGGAGCCGAGAGGUGUUUGCGGGUGUUGGAGAGUGUGACGGUUCACAACCCAGAGAACCAGGGCUACUUGAUCGCCUACAAAGACUCGUCCCUCAUCAUCUCCUCUGCAAAGGUGCUGAGGAGGUGUGAGGAGAUGAUCCAGAGGUACAGCAGGGAGCGGAACGCAGACGGCGCCGUGGGCAAAGCGGUGGAGGACUGCAUGAGGGCCAUCAUCGGAGUUCUGCUCAACCUGACGCACGACAACGAGUGGGGCAGCACCAAGACGGGCGAGCAGGAGCACUUCAUCAUGACGGCUCUCAACUGUGUCCUCAAAGUCCCUCAGUACCUUCCACAGGAGCAGAGGUUUGACAUCCGGGUGCUGGGUCUGGGCCUGCUGAUCAACCUGGUGGAGUACAGUGCCAGGAACAAGCACUGCCUGAUGGAGAUGGAGAUGGAUGGAGGUCAGGGUCCCUGCGACUCCACCGUCCUGCUGGACCCGCAGCACCAGGACGUAGCCAGCACCGGCCCGCUGAGCGCCAUCGCCGCUCUGGUGCAGCUGUUCCUCCAGCGGGAGCGCGCCGCCAUCCAGGCUGAGGCGCAGACUGAUGACCUCAUCAAGGAGGCGCCGAAGCCGGCGCCCGAUAAGAGCGGCCAGUGGCAGGAGUCGGGAGGCGAGAUCCAGUGGGUCGCCAACGACAACAACAACAGCCCCGCGGACAAGGAGGAGGAGAAGAAGAAGAAGGAGAAGGAGGAGGAGGACGAGGAGCUGGACCUCAACAAAGCUCUGCAGCAUGCAGGGAAGCACAUGGAGGACAGCAUCGUGGCCUCCUACACGGCCCUGCUGCUGGGCUGCCUGUGUCAGGGGAGCACGCUGAAUGUGACUACUGUGAGAGACAACCUGCCAAAAGGAGAUUUCUCCAUCAUGACAGAAAUGCUGAAGAAGUUCCUCAACUUCAUGAACCUCACUUGUGACGUCGGCACCACAGGACAGAAGUCCAUUUCUCGGAUCAUCGACUAUCUGGAGCACUGCUAGAGACACGCUGCCUCACACACACACACACACACACUCUUGUGAUGGGACGUCGUCUUCAUCCUCCGGUAAACGGAGCUCGAUGAGUCAACUUUUCAAAGAACUUAAUUCUGACCUAAAGGUUCUGAGCAGAUCUUUAUUUGACUUUUUAAGUUAAGAUCCAAGUCA